UUUCUUUCUUUUUUUUUUUUGGCUCAGUCUGAUUUGGAGGUGUAACCCUUGUGCUUUAUUACCCUGUGUGCAGCUUAUUGAAAGCACAGGAAAAAGAGAGAGCGAGAGAGACGUACACAGAAUGUAGAACGAGGGAUUGAGUGAAACAACAAAGAAUAAAAACAAAAAUCUCUCUCGUUCCUUUUCCCAGUCUGGAGAGUUCACAUCUGUUCACCUUGACACAGGAAACUGAGCAGCCAUUGGCGGAGUUUCUAUGUCCUUUUGAAGAUCAGAAAUCGGAUUGCAGAGGAAGAUGCGUAACAUCGCACAGCAGAUGGUUUCCUGGGUGUAUCCUUCUCUGUGUCUUACUUUGUUUUAGGCAAGUGGAUAUAUGAAGUAACAAUCACUACACCAAGCGGGGAGAAAUAAUGGCUAAAGUUUCAAUACUCUACAUGUGGCUGUUCUUAGCUACAUUAGCACUUCCUAAACCCUCAGUUUCUUCAGCGAAUGCUGCCUAUGUAGCUAAUGGAAAAGGGGUUCACGAACUAAGAGAGGACAGUUCAAGGAAAAAUAUUUCAGUUUCGGAGAAUGAUUUGCAGGUCCAAAAGUCGGAGAUGCCAAGUGUUCUUUCGUUGGAAGAAGCACGUGUGGAUGAUUUAUCAAAUACCAAACCACCUGGAGAUAGAAUUGGCAAUUUACGAACAACAGCUGCCUUUAGACCAUCUCAAGAGUCGGCAAAAAACAUGGAGACAUAUCUAGACCAUAAAUCUGAUCUUUUUCCAAGGAAGGAAGACGAAACGGUCCUGGCUGUCGAAGAUGCGAGCCAAAUCAGCUUAGCAACCACUGGUCAUGCAAGUCUAGAGGAAUCGUUGUGGACUUUGCAACAUCUUAGCCUAAUGCAACCUGUGGAUUCUAAUAAAUUAGAACUUAACUCUAAGUCUAAGAGCUCAACCAUUCUUACAAAAAAUGAAGAAACCAAAGUGAUAUCAACUCAGAAGCUACCAAAGUCUUCGCAAAAGGAAAAUUAUGUUGAGACUGCACAAGACAGCACAGCCCAGAGUUUGAGUACAGGUCAUCCAACGGUCUCUACCAUAAGGCUAGUUACCUCUGCUGCUCCAAAUUUUUCCAAGGAGAUAGGUGGGCCUGUUACGCCAAUACAAAAACUUCAGAUAGAUAGUGACAAUAAGCAGGAAAGUGAAGCAUUAUUAAAUAACUCUGUGGAAUUUCAUGAAGUCAAUUAUGUUUCAUCAUAUGUCACAUCGGCAGCUCUAAGGAAAAAAAUAGAGAACAAUUUUCUUGAUGAUAACUUAAGAUCUCAAUUGCAUGAAGUAGAACCUUCAGAGAAGUAUAAUUCUGCGUAUAGGACAACAGAGAGUUAUUCAGUCUUACGUGAGAUUGAACCAGAUGGAAAUGAAGUAAUAUCAGCAGACAUAGAGUUAAUCCACACAAACGAUAACCAGCAUUAUCAGAAGGAUAGUAACGCCAUCCCUGAGGAGUCAAUGGUAGAAGAAAAUGAAACCAAGCCUUCAAGCACUGCCACUGACUUGCAAGCUAAGCAACAAGCAGCCCCUGAUAUGACACCACCGACAAGGAUUUCCAUUCGGUUCCUUCCAUCAGAACCUCCUCUAAACAAGGAAUUAUCUACACUUCAAUCACAUCUUAGUAAGACAAACCUUCCUUACCCUACUGUUGAUCACAAGAAGCAUUUUACAUUAGAAGCAAAGUCAAGAACCCAAACAGAAAGACUUUCUACAUCUCCCACACUGCAGAAGUCCUUCAAGGUCGAAAAUGACUCUAUCAAAAUGGAGGACUUUGCAAAAGGUUCAGCUGUACCAGUAAAAGGACAAGCAUUGACUGAGAAAGGACUAUUAGUGGGCACUGCUCCACCAGGACUUGUAAUGUCCACAACUUGGAAGAAGCUGAUUACAAAACAGCAAGAAAAUGUGCCAGAAUUGGACCCCUUACAGACAGGAGUUAUUGCAACCCCUCAAGCCUUCCCAAACAACACAAGACGAACUGGACGUCGAGGAGAGAUAAGGGUCACCACUCAGAGAGCUGUUCGUAGACCACAAGUCGCUCCAAACAACCUUCCAUCUGUAAAACCUACAUUGGACGCUCCCCUGUGCUCCAAAACAGGGGGCACAUGUGAAUUUCUUGGAUCCAAUAGGACGCUUAUCAGUUGGGAUGAUUUGCAACGUACCUUGAGUUUUGCUUGGGAUAUGCACGUUUAUGGGACAGCAGUGCUCUUUCUCCUUUUAUCACUCGUUGCCCUGAUCAAUCUGAUAGGCUCCCCUAUCUUGAAGGUGUCUUAUCUUCCUUAUAUCAUUGUUUCCAAUGCACUCCUGUUUAUAAUUGGCAUACUUCGAGGUGUGUUCUUUGUUUUAGAUCCAUAUGGCUCUAAAUCUGAGAUUUCACCUGGUAUUGCCCUGGUACUCUACAAUAUCACUUUCCCUCUCAUGUUGUCAACAUUUGCCACCUUACUCCUGUUGGUUUUGAAGAUCGCUCAUCUUCAAUUAUUGCCUCCGAAGAUUCAGAGUCUUCCUUUGCUUGCAGUGAUUGGAGUUAUUCACUUUAUUAUCCUUCUAAGUGCAGACCUUCUUGCCCAUUUUCUAAAUCCAUCGGUAAAUAUUGUGUUACAAGUAAUUUCAGUUUCCUGGGGCAUAUUUCUCAUGGUAGGAAAUGUUGUUGCUUAUUUCCAGCUGAGAAAAUGUAGCAAAGACAUUACGAAUGAAACACAUAGAGUUUCUCCGACUUGUGAAGAUAUUGUUGUGGUACAGACGCAAGGAACAAACAUCAAGUGCUUGUUCACGUCCUCCAGAGUUCUGUUAGUUGGUAGUAUUUUUGGCCUGCUUUGUUGUGGUUUGCAGGUUUAUGCAGUGCUCUGGCUGCACGGUUUACUGGGUAAAAGGAAUGAAUUUUCAUGGCCAUGGUGGUUUUUGCAGUUCUGGUUCCGGAUUUUUGAACUAUCUCUGUGCUUUGCCAUGCUAUUUGUGGCCUCACAUAUCUUCUGUGUGCAGUGUGGUAGCAGUGAUCAUAGUUGCUGGUCCAAAAUAAUCAGUUACUUUUGCACCUACAAGAAAACAGAGGUUCCAGAAUAUCCAAACAACUGCUACGAUUGGACAAACAGUAUCCAAGAUAGAAUUGUUAAUAACAACAUCAAUAAAAGCCUAAUCCGUAACCAGUCAGAGAAUGUCCCGCUGAGGAUCCUUAAGGAAAACAAUGAAACUAAAUCUAGUACAAUAUUCUCCAAUAAUAGCAGGUCAUCUUCUCCCCUUUUCAGGCCUAAACCAGAAUCUGUUUUUGGACCAAAGUCUCAAAAUGUUCACAUGGGACGUUCUUACACUAGUAUUUGUUUUGAAAAGGAAUCCAUGCUCUCUCUGACAGAUCUAGAGUUCCGUCCCCCAUCUCCCAUUAACUUGAGCAGAAGUAUAGAUGAAGCUUUGUUCAGAGAACAUCUAGUCAGAGACAGCAUUUUUCUAGAUUCAAGUCUUCAGUACCCCAACUACUUAAACAGGCAAGACUCGUGUUCUUCAUUAAAAGACUGUUCCGCCUUAAACCAGACAGUUGACCCACUGAUCUCAUCUGACCUGAAAAUGAGAAGAUGUAGCAACCCUGACUACAUGUACAGUUUGGGAAGGUGUAACUCUGUGACAGAAGUGGACACCCCAACUGAGAGUCUGCAGGAGAGCAAAGAACUUCCCCACGAUGUAAUAACCGAAGGUGUAGUUUCUGUGAGUUCCUUAGACAGCGUCUCAAAAGGAUCAAUCAAAAUCAGUUGGAACCCAUGGAGACAUGGGCUGUCCUCUGUGGAAAGCCUCCCACUUGAAGAUACACCUGAAUCACAACUUUUAAAGCAAGACUCCCAACCCAGUAUCAUAUCUAAGAGCAGUGAACCUGAGAAGACACUAAGCCGGCGGCUCAUCGAAAGAAGCCAAACCACAGAUUCACAUAGCAUUGCCAGUGAAACCAUCGAACUGUGAAUAUUGUUCUAGCAGUAUUAGAGAAAAGGAAUAAGGACUUGCAUCAAAGAAUAUGCAGCAAAGUUUAUAUAAGAUGUUCGGUAGGAAAGAAUGAAUAUAACAUAGAGCGCCUUUCAGAUUUGUAAGGAAUAAACUGAUUUUUUGCAAAUUCUGCACAGAAUGAAGAAGUGCUCCUGUGUUGUAUUUGUCAGUAAUAAGCACAUCUACAAAAAUGGACAACAGAUGUCCUUUUUUUUAUUUUAAUAUUUAAUUUUUUUUAUUUUUAUACACUAUUUUUGUUUACAAUAUAAUUUUUAAAGACUUUUGUGUGUUGCAUAACAGGAUUACAGUCAAGAAAAAAAAAGUGACAUUACACUGUGCAAUAGCAGUAAACUCUAUAAUCGUACCUAAGACGAAAGCACUUACAGGCAGAUUUGUCAUGAAUUUCGACCAAUUUUAACUGCAUUGGACUUAAUCUUAUGAAAUGCUGAUGUGUUACAGACUAAGACCUAUAGGAAUUACAUACAGAAUGCGGUAUUUUGAGUAAUAACUUGAGGUACGUGCUGUGCAAGUUAAAGGGGAGGGGGGCGGUUGCAUGAGAUUUGCUCCAGGUGUUUCCAUGGCAACUAUUUGAGGCCUAAUCUGUCUCUCUGCAAUGCAGAGUCCUAAACCAAAAAAAGAGGAAAAUAAACAGUGUGCAUAUUUGGAGAGUGUUUAUGGCAGUCUGUCACCUGCUCCCACUAUAAAAUAAAACAUUUUAAUGAAGAGAUUAAUGUGUUCAAAAACAAAAGCAGACACUAAAAAAAGGAUUUAAAUGCUGUUACUGUAUAUAUGUGUACGCUGUAUAUAGUGUAUAUAAAGUUUUUUUUUGGGGGGGGGGGGGGUUUGGACAUCUAGUCAAAUGUUUUUUAUGGAACUUUUCAAAAAAUUAUUUAAAAAACAACAAGGUUUAAAAAAAAAAAACAGAAUAAAAAGGAAAAGGAUAACACUUUUCCCAUUUACAAUAUCACAAAUCAUGAUCAUAGAGUACUAUAGGACAAAUUCAAGAUGUUAAUUAUUUUGAGUGAUUUCAGAUUGCUUUUUAUGUUCUGCAGUGUUUGUAAGAAGAAAAUAUGUUAGAAAAUCCAAAGUUAAAUUAUCCUAAAAUAUGAUAUAUACAUUUUUAUAAUCCAUACUAUGCAGCUACGGCUUGUCAGAUCAUGACCUCUAUAGAGGGUCAGCUCUAAAAACGCACAAUUCAGGUUUUGAAGUAUGUAUUUUCCAUUAGCUGAUUAUCAGCUAAUCUAGUG